GCGGAGCAUGCUGGGAGUCUCUGUGGCGGGAGGCUGCCGGCGGGCAACGACGUUAAGGGCUUUGCAGGAUGGUGAAGCUGACGGCGGAGCUCAUCGAGCAGGCGGCACAGUACACCAACGCCGUGCGGGACCGGGAGCUGGACCUCCGGGGGUACAAAAUUCCUGUCAUUGAAAAUCUAGGUGCUACCUUGGACCAGUUUGAUGCUAUUGAUUUUUCUGACAAUGAAAUCAGGAAGCUGGAUGGUUUUCCUUUGUUGAGAAGACUGAAAACAUUGUUAGUGAACAACAACAGAAUAUGCCGUAUAGGUGAGGGACUUGAUCAGGCUCUGCCCUGUCUGACAGAACUCAUUCUCACCAACAAUAGUCUUGUGGAACUGGGUGAUCUGGAUCCUCUGGCUUCUCUCAAAUCACUGACAUAUCUGAGCAUUCUAAGAAAUCCUGUAACAAAUAAAAAGCAUUACAGACUGUAUGUGAUCUAUAAAGUUCCACAAGUCAGAGUACUGGAUUUUCAGAAAGUGAAACUAAAGGAGCGUCAGGAAGCAGAGAAAAUGUUCAAGGGCAAACGGGGUGCACAGCUUGCAAAGGAUAUUGCCAGGAGAAGCAAAACUUUUAAUCCAGGUGCUGGUUUGCCAACUGACAAAAAGAAAGGUGGACCAUCUCCAGGGGAUGUAGAAGCAAUCAAGAAUGCUAUAGCCAAUGCUUCAACGCUGGCGGAAGUGGAGAGGCUGAAGGGAUUGCUGCAGUCUGGUCAGAUACCUGGCCGAGAGCGCAGAUCAGGGCCCAGUGAUGAUGGUGAAGAAGAGAUGGAAGAAGACACAGUCACAAACGGGUCCUGAGCAGUGUGCCAGAUGGUUGAUGAUUGGCCCUCUUGAGACAAGUCUUGCUAUUUUAGCAUGGAAUAAUAGCCUUGUAUCAGCAAAAUGGAAUCAGUCAGCAUUAUGGAAUGCUCAAAACUGCCAGUGAUAAUUUUUUAAUAUAAACCUAAGCGUCAGUUUUGUAUAAAUGGUAAAAAUAAAGGCCACUCACUGUGCUGCCAA